AGCUUUACUUGAGGGUUUCUAGGUUUCUAAGCUUUAACUUCUUUGUACUCCUUGUUCUAAUAAAUCAAGUGCUUUUCGUUUCACUUUUCUUCACCUUCUGACCUGCGCGCUCUUUCCUGGUAUCACCAAACUGCAUAAUGGUUGGAUGCUUUUCCUGAAUAAGUUCCAGGAUGGAAGAAUGUUGAGAGAGAGCUAUUUUUUUUCUCAAAAGAUUGCACCUCUCCAUACUUGGGGGAAGCAAAACUGGUGAGUAUUGUUUGGGAGGAGGUUAGUCGCAUGGAGUUUGAUAGUUAUAGGUCUAUUCAUGCAGCUCUAUCAUCAUCCUUACUCAAUGGACAGUCAGAAAGUGAGGUUAGCACUGGAAGAGAAAGGGAUUGAUUACACAUCUUAUCAUGUUAAUCCUUUAACUGGGAAGAACAUGGAUGUCUUGUUCUUUCGCAUGAAUCAAUCUGCAAAACUUCCUGUCUUCCAAAAUGGUUCCCAUAUCAUUUUCCAAGCCAUUGAUAUUAUCCAGUACAUAGAGAAGCUCUCUGUGUCUCUGAAUGGUGAGGACAAUCCCAUUAACACAAAGGUCACAGAAUGGGUGGAGAGAAUUGAUCUAUGGAGUCCCAAAAUAUUCACUCUGGCUCAUGUCCCAGAAAAGUAUCGACUAUUUGUUUCCAAAUUUGUUCGCCGUGUAGUGAUUGCUCGGAUGGUCCAAGCUCCAGAUCUAGCUAGUGUUUACCACUUAAAACUUCGAGAAGCCUAUGAUACAGAUGAGAAGUUGAAGAACGCUGAAAAUCUGAAACAAAGUGAGGAAAAACUCUGUCAUCUUCUUGAUGAUGCAGAAAUACAGUUGGGCAUUACAAAGUAUCUUGCUGGAGAAGAUUAUACCAUGGCUGACUCCAUGUUUAUUCCUGUUUUGGCACGAAUAGUUCUACUGGAUCUUAAAGAGGAAUACAUCACUUGCAGGCCCAAUGUAUCAGCUUAUUAUAACAUGGUUAAGCGGAGGCCAAGCUUCAAAAAGGUAAUUGGGAAGUACUUCCAAGGUUGGAGGAAGUACAAAACACUUCUCAGAACAUGGUGCUUUCUUCACAUAAGAGACUUGUUCAGAAGGUACUAGGGAACCAACACUAUUAAAGGUCAAAUGGAUCAGAUAAAUUGUGCAUGCUACAAUAAUAUGCAUAAUGUGGAAUAAAUGGAAGCGAUUUUAGGGCUUCAAUAAUGGUGCAAGGUUAUAUUUUCUUACAGAAUCUUCUAAAAGAACUUAUAUAGAGUUUUCAUAAGGAAAAUGAUAGAUUGUAUAGAGUUGUUAGAUUGUAUAUAUAUAUUUUUUUCUCUACUUUGUUUUUUAGACUUAUAACCAAUAUCACUGUGCAGUGAUGAGUUCUCCUUAAAGCUCCAUCUCCAUAAGUUUUUUAUAUUAAGCUUCUUUGGCUAUUUUGUAAUAUUAUCUCUCUGUGUACAUACUUGAAGUGUGAAAGGAUUAUAUAAUUUCGCACUAUGACAAACUUGUGAUAAUAUUUCAUUGUGGUAUUAUCUGUUUGAUGCCAUCAAUUUCAUUUCCUCAACAAUUUUUAAGUAGUUAGAUUAUAUAUAUAUAUAUAUUUUCUCUACUUUGUUUUUUAUCCUUAUAACCAAUAUCACUGUGCAGUGAUGAGUUUUCCUUAAAGCUUCAUCUCCAUAAGUUUUUUAUAUUUUAUUUGGCUAUUUUGUAAUAUUAUCUCUCUGUGUACAUACUUGAAGUGUGAAAGGAUUAUAUAAUUUCGCACUA